UGGGCAAAACUAAUCAAGCGUGUGGAACGUUGAGCCAUGUACGGAAGCCGAACAAGGACCUGCUGGUGGAUUUUUGAAACUGACAUGACAGCUAUUUCUCACACAGAGCCAGAGCUACUUAUCGCAACAGCAAGGGGGUUCGGGAUUAUCUCUUUGCUCUAAAAACAAAGUGAGAGAUCCAAACCCUUUGCUACUAAAUACAUCUGGAUUGCAUCUGCCAUUCUGUAAAUGCUCAUUGCCACGGUACCGGUAGCUACUGCUAACAAAGCAAUUACGGAUCUGACAAAUCGGUGCGACCAGGAUGGAGUGGCAGCCGGAUGAACAGGGUUUGCAGCAGGUGCUUCAGCUGCUGAAGGACUCCCAGUCUCCAGACACAGCCACACAGAGAGCUGUGCAGGAAAAACUGGAACAGCUCAACCAGUUCCCAGACUUCAACAACUAUCUCAUCUUCGUCCUUACAAGCCUCAAAUCAGAGGAUGAGCCGACGCGUUCUCUAAGUGGUCUCAUAUUGAAGAACAAUGUGAAGGCCCACUACCAGAACUUUCCUCCUCUGGUCGCUGACUUCAUCAAGAGGGAAUGUCUCAACAACAUCGGAGAUCCCUCGCCCCUCAUCAGAGCAACCAUCGGCAUCUUGAUUACAACCAUAGCAUCUAAAGGAGAGCUGCAGACAUGGCCUGAACUCCUCCCUCAACUCUGUAACCUGCUCAACUCUGAAGACUACAAUACCUGCGAGGGUUCUUUCGGAGCACUGCAGAAGAUCUGUGAGGAUUCUUCAGAGCUGUUGGACAGCGAUGCUCUCAACAGACCCCUGAACAUCAUGAUCCCCAAGUUCCUACAGUUCUUUAAACACUGCAGCCCAAAGAUCAGGUCUCAUGCCAUAGCGUGUGUGAAUCAGUUCAUCAGCAGUAGAGCCCAGGCUCUGAUGGAUCACAUCGACACCUUCAUCGAGAGUCUGUUUGCUCUAGCGGGGGAUGAGGACUGUGAGGUGAGGAAGAACGUGUGUAGAGCUCUGGUCAUGCUGCUGGAGGUCCGGAUAGACCGACUCAUACCACACAUGCACAGCAUCAUACAGUACAUGCUCCAGCGAACCCAGGACCCAGAUGAGAAUGUCAGUCUGGAGGCCUGUGAGUUCUGGCUCACCCUGGCUGAGCAGCCCGUCUGCAAGGAGGCCCUGUCUGGUCACCUGGUCCAACUCAUCCCUAUCCUGGUGAAUGGGAUGAAGUACUCUGAGAUAGACAUCAUCCUCCUAAAGGGAGAUGUAGAGGAGGAGGACGACACCGUACCAGACAGUGAGCAGGACAUCAAGCCUCGCUUCCACAAGUCCCGCACCGUCACCCUGCAACACGAGGGAGGAGAGGGGGAGGAGGGGGAGGACCACGACGAUGACGAUGACGACGAUGACACGCUCUCCGACUGGAACCUGCGGAAGUGUUCAGCGGCAGCGUUAGACGUGUUGGCUAACGUGUUUCGUGAUGAGCUCCUCCCCCACCUGCUGCCCCUGCUGAAGGGCCUGUUGUUCCACCCAGACUGGGUCGUCAAGGAGUCUGGAAUACUGGUGCUGGGGGCUAUCGCUGAGGGUUGUAUGCAGGGCAUGGUUCCCUACCUACCAGAGUUGAUGCCUCACCUCAUCCAGUGUCUCUGUGAUAAGAAGGCCCUGGUGCGCUCCAUCGCCUGCUGGACCCUGUCCCGCUACGCCCACUGGGUGGUCAGCCAGCCCCCCGACUCCCACCUCAAACCCCUCAUGACUGAACUCCUCAAGAGGAUCCUGGACGGGAACAAGAGGGUUCAGGAGGCCGCCUGCAGUGCGUUUGCUACCCUAGAGGAGGAGGCCUGUACAGAGCUGGUUCCCUAUCUGAGCUUCAUUCUGGAUACUCUGGUCUUCGCCUUUGGAAAAUACCAACACAAGAACCUGCUCAUACUGUACGACGCUAUAGGAACACUGGCCGACUCCGUAGGACACCACCUCAACCAACCGGAGUACAUAGAGAAGCUGAUGCCUCCUCUCAUCGCCAAGUGGAAUGAGCUGAAGGAUGAAGAUAAGGACCUGUUUCCUCUGUUAGAGUGUCUGUCCUCUGUAGCUACAGCCCUCCAGAGUGGCUUCCUGCCCUACUGUGAACCAGUCUACCAGCGCUGUGUUACACUGGUGCAGAAAACACUGGCUCAGGCUAUGAUGUACAGCCAACAGCCAGACCAGUACGAAGCUCCUGAUAAGGACUUUAUGAUCGUGGCCCUGGACCUCCUCAGUGGUCUGGCUGAGGGCCUGGGGGGCCACGUUGAUCAGCUGGUGUCCCGGAGCAACAUCAUGACACUACUGUUUCAGUGCAUGCAG